AUGAAGCAGGACCGCCGACAAAGACUCUAUGGCCCUUCCAGCAACGCAAAAGAGCAUCGAAACAGUGAGGCGAAGAUUUUUGUCAAUACAAUACUAGGAGAGUAUUUCGACCCUAUACACGAGGAUGCGAAACCCCUAUUGGAAAAUCAGAUGGUCGACGCUGUGAAUGAUCUGUUUCAAAUGGCGGGAUACCCCGACUUCGAACGGCCAUUUCCGACAUUGCUACCUGAUUCUACUCCGGAUGACAUCGUAUUCACAGAGCAGAAAAUCACUCUCAACCAAGGAUUCCAGAAGGAUGCCGCGGUAGCCAUGAAGAAGCUCGCGGCAGGCGAGGAUAUGGACGAAUACCGGCCUCCAAAAGAACGAAAGGCGACAUACGGAGAUGGAUUGAGGAUCUUCUACGUCAGCGUCAGAAGAAUCCAAAUGGAAUUGCUCAGUAAACUGGUCACCAUAGAGAUGACAAAUAAUUUGACCGGGGCCACCAACAGAAUAGAAGACUAUUUAAAGCUCCCGGUUUGGCGCUUUAAGAAGUAUGCCGAACAAUCUUCAUUUCCCGAGCCCAUAGAGGAAGGAGUCGAAGUCUUCACGGACAAAACCAAGGCUAUAGAGUACGCGGAGGCGAAGGCGGGAGAGGCAAGAUUUACGUUUGAGAAAGAACCUAAAAACUUGGGCGCGGAUGAAGUCUUAUAUGAGGUGCCAUCCAAGGAGGAGGUGGAGACGGUUAAGACGGCUCGCAUUACCCAAACUGGAAGAGUUCCGGAAUGGUGUGCGCUCUUCUAG